UAUUCUACAGAUGAUUCAAGUGUCGGGACCCAACGAAAAUAUAAUUGAGUUUUAGUUCCUUGCGGUGUUCCUUGGAGACCUUGUUGCCUGAUAACGUAAAUAGAGAAUGUCAUCACUAAUAUCGUACUCUGAAUUUCAGUAGAACAGUAAUACAAAUUUGUUAAAUGCUGUUGCAGAAUAAAUAUGGUAAUUGCAUGAUAAGAAGUGAUAGUUUUUACAUCUUUUACUAGUGACAUCCACACUGUGAUCCAGGAAGAAACAAUGAAUUUAACCACUGAUGAGCUUGAACUUCCUUCAUGCAAAUAUGAGUAUCUUGACCAUCCAGCAGAUGUUCAGAUUCACUCCUGGGGUGACAAUUUAACUGAAGCCUUUGAACAAGCUGCAGUAGCCAUGUAUGGUUACAUGACUGAGAUUGAUACAGUUGAGAUUGGUAGCCGGCAGGAAAUUGAAGCAGAGGGUCAUGACAUGGAAAGCCUCCUGUAUAAUUUUCUUGAUGAAUGUUUAUAUGAAUUUUCUGCCGAACCUUUCUUUAUUGUACGUAAGGUAGUAAUUACAGAAUUCAAUAAAGAAGCCUUCAGUAUUAAAGCUAAAUUAUAUGGAGAAGAGUUUGACUUAGAAAAACACCCACAAGGUACAGAAGUAAAGGCCAUUACAUAUGCUAGCAUGCAGGUUUAUGACAGUGAAGAUCAGCAUGAACUUUUUGUUAUUAUUGAUAUAUGAUUUUAAUAUUAAAAUUCAUAGUGUAAUAUUUUUAUUUCUUAUCAGACACCAUGUUAUCUUACGGCCAUUUUUUAAAACAUUCGGGGCAGUGAGUCUGAAGAGUAAUCCUAUAAAAAAUAUUUAAUGUAACCUAACAAACACUGGUAGUACCUAAACUUCACAGGAACAACAACACAAACAAUGAAAUGUAGCCGGUAAAUUAUCAGCAUGAGUCACAUGUAACACGAGCGGUGACACCCGCAAGCUACUAUUUCCUAAAUAAGCUAUCAAGCACGUGUGCCUCAACUUGUAUCUUUUCUAUAUAAUAUUCUGUACUUACAAAUUGGAUAUGGUAUUACAUCUAUCUAUCACAAACAAAA